AAUCGCACAAAUAGAAUGUAGAAACGUUAAAUAAAAAGUUCAAAAAUAUAAAAAUGGAUUAAAAUAGAUUAUUUUUUUUUGAUAUUGCGGUCUAUAUCGUGUUUUAACUUAGUGUUUAGUUACUUAGAUUUUUUUUAAAAUUAUAUUUACAAAAUGAGUACGUAUGAGAACAACGUAUUGUACAGGCCGCUUAUCUCAAGUGGCAACGGCAACAGUUUUGCAACAUUAAUAUUUAAUUGGAUCAAACACAUCAAAGUCUACAAAAUAAUAUGCCUAAUUCUGGUUCUGCUGUUUGUGAUUCCCAUGCUAGCUCAUUAUUACAUAUUAAAUAUGGAACCCGGAGUUAACGAAACCGAAACUCAUCAUUCUCGAUCUCAAUUAGAUGUUUAUGAGGAUAUAAGUAAUUUACGUGCAUCCGAUUUAAAAUUGCGCAUCGAAGAAAUGCUGCGGAUAAAGAGCACCGUUUCAUUAGAAUUGCGUGAAUUAGAGUCUCGUCGACAGAAGCUCCAGACCGACAUUAGUUUGUAUAAUCAAAAAAUCGACGAAAUUAAACAGGAUGUACUACGACAGCAAACCGAAUUGGAUCGUUUAAAAAUUUCCGUGGAACAAGCGCAAGUGGCACAACGCGAAGCUGUGCAACGAAAUACUCCCGAAUUGGCACUGCCAAAGCCAAUCUAUGCCGGAAAAUUACCUGCAAAAAAUCCGUCCCCAACUCAUGCCGAAUCACGUAAUUGUAAAAUGAGUACAUGUUUCGAUCAUUCACGAUGUAGUCUUACAUCCGGGUUCCCAGUUUAUCUCUACAAUCCAGACGAAAUUCAGAUAAUUAAUGAUGGAUUCGACAUAGAUGGUUUUCUUAAGACAACAAUAAAAGACGUGUUUAGUCAAAAUGCGCAUAUGACCAAUGAUCCGAAUAAAGCGUGCGUUUUCUUAGUGCUUGUAGGCGAAGCACUAUCAGACGAUGAAAUUAUGCGCAACAAUCGGUAUUCGAUUCCGAAUGAGAGCAUUUCACCGUUAAAAAGUCCACUGAAUACGACAAAUUUGAAAAACCUUGCGUAUUGGGGCGGUGACGGACGAAAUCAUAUACUCAUCAAUUUGGCUCGACGCGAUUUGAGCGUCGGUUCAGGUAAUGUAUUCCGUAAUCAAUAUACGGAUCGAGCAAUAGUUAUACAAUCAGCAUUUGAUGAGCACCAAUAUCGAAGUGGAUUCGAUUUAAUUGUGCCACCAAUUUUGGGUCCGCCCAACGGUGAUGUUUGGCAGGAAUGUUCACCAAUUGUACCGGCUCGCCGAAAAUACUUACUCUCAUUUCAAGGUGAAAUGAAAUCACAAAACGAGACAAACAGUUUGAAUCAAAAUCAAAACGAAGAAAUAACACUGAACAAUUUCAUUAUUGAGCAUUUGAAGCAGAUUUCAAAUGGAAAAAGUCUCGAUAAAUUUCUUUUGCAAUUUGAAUGCAAUCCAGCGACCGAACAAAAAGCGGAUCGAACCGAAGUGCGUGACUGGAUGUUGUGCGGAACUGAUUCAUCGAGAAAAGCAAUAUUAAAAGACUCAACAUUUAGUUUAAUAUUUUCGCCGGGCAGUGGAGAGGUGAGCUCAACAUUAUUGCAGGCUCGAUUGUAUGAAUCGUUACGCUCUGGUGCCAUUCCGGUUAUUUUGGGAGCUGAUCAUAUUGUGUUACCUUAUGAGGAGGUGAUUGAUUGGCGUCGAAUUGCAAUAAUGUUACCAAGAGCACGAAUCACGGAAAUGCAUUUCUUACUUCGAGCCAUUCCGGACAAUGAUUUAUUGGCGAUGCGACGUCAAGGACGAGUGAUUUGGGAACGAUACUUUAGCACAGUUCAAGCAACAAUCGACACAAUUAUAGCAUACGUACGAAAUAGAUUGAAUAUUCCACCGAAAGCAAUAAAAUCAUAUAAAUCACAAAGUGUUUUCAAUUCAACAUUUAUACCAUUGAAAGCUGAACCACCGGUGUUGGAUGCCGAACCAGAAGAAUCGUUGGGACCAAUUGAACCGCCAUACCCGAGUCCGGCAUACAAACGAAACUAUACGAUUACACAAUACAAGGAUUCAUGGAACGAUUGGCUUGAUCCAUUCUCGCUGUAUCCGCAGCUUCCGUUUGAUCCGGUUUUGCCAUCCGAUGCUAAAUUUAUUGGCUCACACAUGGGCUUUAGGCCGAUCGGCAAGGGUUUAGGGGGUGCUGGCAAAGAAUUCUCCGAAGCCCUUGGCGGUAAUUAUCCACGUGAACAGUUUACAAUUGUAAUGUUAACAUAUGAACGUGAACAAGUGUUAAUGGAUUCAUUGGGUCGACUGUAUGGACUACCAUAUUUGCACAAAGUCGUGGUGGUAUGGAAUUCACCAAAACCGCCACUAGAAGAUUUACGUUGGCCAGACAUUGGUGUAGAAGUAAGCAUUGUGCGAGGUUCAAAGAAUUCGUUAAACAAUCGUUUUUUACCCUUCGAUGUGAUUGAAACUGAGGCCAUCCUAUCCGUUGACGACGAUGCACAUUUGCGACAUGAUGAAAUUCUAUUCGGCUUUCGAGUCUGGAGAGAACAUAGGGAGCGAGUCGUAGGCUUUCCUGGCCGAUAUCACGCUUGGGACGUAAAUAGUAAUUCUGCAUGGAAUUAUAACUCAAACUAUAGCUGUGAACUGAGCAUGGUGUUGACUGGUGCGGCUUUUUUUCAUAAAUACUACACAUAUCUCUAUACGUAUACCCUGCCGCAGGCGAUUCGAGACAAAGUCGAUGAGUUCAUGAAUUGUGAGGAUAUUGCAUUGAAUUUCCUUGUGUCGCAUAUCACACGCAAACCACCCGUUAAGGUUACUUCACGUUGGACUUUCCGAUGUCCAGGGUGCCCGAUUUCGCUCAGCGAGGACGAUACACAUUUUCAGGAACGACACAAAUGUAUCAAUUUCUUUUCGCAAAUAUUUGGAUACAUGCCAUUACUUAACACACAAUUUAGAGCCGAUUCAAUACUAUUCAAAACACGAAUACCACACGACAAGCAAAAAUGUUUCAAGUACAUUUAAACGGCGUUAUUUUUAGUUUUUUUCUUUAAGUUUUAAACUUUUUUAAGUUUUUUUUAAGUUUUUUUUUAUUUUAUUUUUUAUUAAAUGUGAAAACUGUGUAAAUCAAUGUCAAUGUUCAAUGUGACCGAUAAAUAUAUGUUAUUACCAUAUCGAUGAUGUAGGUGCCAUACUUAGGAGUCAGGUGUCUAUUUAUAAAAAAUAAUAAUAUUCACGAUGAAUAAAUACAUAUAUUAA